AUGGGCCUUGUAAAUAUUGCAAAUGAGCUAAUUUGUAAUCAAACAUUGCGCUAUUUACGAUGCGAAAAUGGAAACUAUAUUCCUUUAUUGAACUUGAAAAGGAAUUGGUCUAUGUACGAACUCUGGUCUGAUUUGUUUCAUAAGUGUUUGAAUAUGGAAUUGUAUACUUGGGAUGAGCUGAUCGAUAUGUUGGCACGAGGAACAGAUACUUCUAUACGUGAAAAUGGAGAUCAGUGGAUAAAAUCAACUGCUGAAUACAAUGUCCUCUUUCGGGAAUUAUUCAAAAAAAGCUCACAAUUCUAUCCCUGA